ACUAAUUUUUGAUGCAUGUGGCAGCCUACUCCGACUCCACACGUGUGUCCAACCUUACUUCGUGGUCAAACCUCACUGCAUUCCCAGAAUCUUCCCAGCUUUCCUUUCCGGCUGUUAAUUCUCCAUGCCUUCCCCUGUCUAAAGCACCAUUACAUUACUUAUCUCGAGCUUCCUCGUUUGCCUUGCAAAGUUUCCUGUGUGUUCGUCGUGGCAGCCAAGCGCACUCCCUUCGGGACUUACGGGGGCUCGCUGAAGGAUUUCUCGGCCACCGACCUGACGGAACAUGCCGCUCGAGCCGCGCUGGCCGCGGGCAAGGUGCCCCCCGAGAUCGUCGACAGCGUCGUGGUGGGCAACGUCAUGCAGAGCUCCUCAGAUGCCAUCUACAUUGCAAGACACGUUGGUUUGCGUGUGGGAGUUCCCAUGUCUGUCCCAGCCCUCACUGUCAACAGGCUCUGUGGCUCUGGCUUCCAGUCCAUUGCCAAUGGCUGUCAGGAAAUUUGCCUGAAUGAGUCAGAAGUUGUUCUGUGUGGCGGAGCUGAAAGCAUGAGCCAGGCUCCUUACGCGGUUCGAAAGGUUCGCUUCGGAACCAGAUUAGGAGCAGAACUCAAGCUGGAAGACACGUUGUGGGAAGCCCUAACAGAUACACAUGUUAAAAUACCUAUGGCAGUGACAGCUGAGAACCUGGCUGCAAAGUACAGCAUCUCCCGGGAGGACUGUGACCGGUACGCGCUCAAAACCCAGCAGAGGUGCAAAGCUGCUAAUGAUGCUGGCUACUUUAAGGCUGAGAUGGCACCAAUUGAAGUGAAGACAAAAAAGGGUAAAGAAAGCAUGCAAAAGGACGAGCACCCCAAACCCCAGACCACCAUGGAACAGCUGACAAAACUCCCAUGUGUCUUUAAGAAGGAUGGAACAGUCACAGCUGGGAAUGCUUCAGGUGUGUGUGAUGGAGCUGGUGCAGUCAUCCUUGCCAGUGAAUCAGCACUUAAAAAGCACAGUCUCACUCCUCUGGCAAGAAUAGUAGCUUAUCACUCAGCUGGCUGUGACCCUUCCAUCAUGGGCAUUGGCCCUGUACCUGCAAUAACAGAGGUUUUGAAGAAGGCAGGACUGACCCUGAAGGAUAUGGAUUUAGUAGAGGUAAAUGAGGCAUUUGCACCUCAGUAUCUGGCUGUGGAAAAGGUGUUGGGCCUUGACCCUGAGAAAACCAACGUCAACGGAGGUGCCAUCGCCAUCGGGCACCCUCUGGGGGCCUCGGGGUCACGGAUCACAGCUCACCUGGUGCAUGAAUUAAGGCGCCGUGGCGGGAAGUACGCGGUUGGGUCAGCGUGCAUCGGCGGUGGGCAAGGCAUUGCUGUGCUCAUUGAGAACACAGCCUGAAGCCUCCUGGGCACUGCAGCCUGGCCUGAGCUGCUGAUUCCCCGAGAAACCUGCCUCCUCUGACACCAGAGCAUCGCUGCCUGCCUUUCCUGCAAGGUAAAGGAACAACCGAGAAGUCAGAAUUCUGAACAAAAAAAAUUCAUUGAUGUCUUUCUAACUAAAGGAAGUGCAGCAUCAAUAUAAUUUCACACUGAUUAAGUAUUUUCUAAAAGCCUCUUUUCAAUCAAUGUAUUUCUGUAGGCAAAAUUAUUUUCAUUUCCUGGGGAUAUUGCCUGUCAAACUUUCACCCAACCUGCCUUAAAAUAGCAGUCAGUGUAGCUUUUUAAGCAAGUGUUGCUUAAACUUAUUUCAGCUACAGACACUGUCUGGCACAUGUGCCUCUUUUAUUAUCAGGAAAUGUGAAAAUGUAAUCAGAGACUUUCUGAAGUAUAUACUGAUUGUAGAUUGAUGGCUAUUAACCUGUACCCUGCUGUUCUGCAAGGGAAAGGAGCAGAAGCUGAAAUUUUCAUUGUGCCUCCCAAAAGAAUAAUAAAUAUAACACACAAAGAAAAAAA